CUGCAGGAAGACGCUCCCCUGUAUACAGGAAGUGCUUUACGACUAAUUGGCUAGUUCGAGGUGAAAAUCUGUAUGGAUUUGAAAGAAAUAGGUAGUUAGUAACACGGGUCCUAUUUAUGUAGAGAAACAAACCGCGGAAACUACACGUAAAAAAAACAAGACGAUUACCAACGAAUCAAAAAUACAUCGAUCCAGGACUUAAUGGAAUAAUAGUGAGAAAAAUACAACUAGCUUUGGAAUGUGCCAAACCUUAAAUAGAUACCAUAUGUGUCGCGCCUGUUGAUGGAGAUCUAAUUCGCUACUGUACUGGUCGAGACUGGGGGUUUUGUACUUUUUUGCUAUGCGUUUUAGAAUGUUGCAUCUGAAUAGGGCUCAUCUAGAUUUUCAAUAACGUGAGUGUAGCUGGUUGGAUUGCAGCAUCAUCCCACGGUUCUAGUCUCUAGCAGUUCAUGCCAUCUAGUCUACUGUAUGCUUGUUAGUUAGCCACCUUAUUGCUAGCUGAAGCUAAUUAUAUAAUUGGUUUGCAGCGUACUACCGCAAAUAACCUAGCCUAGCACUACUGGGUCUAGACAAUAAUCGUAGCUCUAGCUAGUCCAGGAAAAAAAUAUAUACACGCCUUCUGCUGGACUAGUUUAUCAUUCACGUGGCUGGUCAUAACCUCCGUUAUCAAACGUUAUUUAACGGAGUUGAUGCAGCUGUCCCGCAGUGCAUUGGACGGCCAAGAAAUAAUGUGCUUUCUUGGCUUUACACAUUAGCAACUUAAGUUGCCUGUUAACGAAGUUUGUAGCCGGGUUAAUCUUCAGUUUUAACCGAUAGCAGGUUAUUGAAGCAUUGGCUGCCUUAAGAAAUCAUUGAAUCCUUUUAAUGUUUCACUGAUUUUGUUUCAUAUUUGCAAGCGAGCUGGCCAGCUAGUUUUUACAGCUCCAGUUUUUGAUAAAACUCAGACAGGAACAACCUGUUAGCGCAAGCCUGGGACAGGAGACUGUUAACGUUAGCUAUUUCAGCAAGCUAGCUUGUUAACGAGUUCGCUGGUUGUUACUACUACCUGUCAGUGUGUGGAAUAGGACUGGGUUGUGUGGCAACUGCGGUGGAUUGAGUUCUACCGCUCUGCCUCAACGGGUCAACCCUUAGUUGCAAUCCUGCAGUUCAUGUUUCGACAAGAAGUCAGUGUAUUAUCUUUUAUUCCGUCUUGUUCGUACCUUUUCCAAUACGAGAAGAGGAAUAUGUCUAGAUACAACAUCUACAGUCUUUUAGACUGGGUUUAUGGUGGAGUGGAUCCAAAGUUCGAGGGCAACGGGGGACCUGAAUGUGCCGCCUUCCUGGCACCUCAACAGCGUAUGAGCGAAAGUCUUGUCAUAGUCCUGAUUUCAAUCGUGGAGAUUCUCCUUGCACUAAGGAAAAUUAACUUUUCUAAAGACCACAAAUAUGUCGCAAAAGAUCGGACCAAGACAAGACAAGACAGUUUAGGAAAGAACCUUUUGCUGGUGGCUCUAUGUAUGACUUUUGGAGUAGAAGUUGGAUUCAAAUUCGCCACCAAGACUGUGAUAUACCUACUGAAUCCAUGCCAUGUCAUGACAAUGGUGCAGAUUUUCCUUCUGGCCUGCCCACCAUGUAAAACAGCCAUGGUCAUCUUUAGGCUUCAGGUCCACAUGCUUAACGGGGCGUUACUGGCUCUCGUCUUCCCUGUAGUCAACACCCGACUGCUGCCGUUUGAGAAAGAGAUCUAUUACAUCCAACACUCCAUGCUGUAUCUGGUCCCUGUUUACCUGUUCAGGAAAGGAGGCGUGUACAAGCCAGAGCCUCUGGGGGACAUGUGGUGGGCACUCCUCUCCACUGGCAUCCUGUUUCUCUAUCACUUCCUGUUCCUGCAAAGCCUGGGCCUGGUGACGGAGGUGAACCUGAACAACAUGCUGUGCCCGGCGGUGUCAGACCCGUUCUAUGGCCCCUGGUACCGGGUGUGGGCCACGGGCCACCAGACCCUGCUGACCCUGGUCCACGGGAAGGCUCUGACCCUGCUGUCCCACCACACCGGCCCCACCUGCAGAUACAUGCUGGACACGGCCCGGCUACGCAGCAAGAAGGUCGACUGAAGACGCAUGUCGGCAGACACCUGUGACACACACACACAGAGACCUGGGACACACACACACACACACAGAGACCUGGGACACACACUGCCUCACUGUACGCUGCUCUUUACUGCAGGUAACACACACACACUGUCGCUUUGAAUAGAAGCGUUUAGGUGAAUACACACACUGCUAUGCUGCAUAUAACGCACACACUCACACUGAUAGAGCCUUUCACUCCAAACACCUGUUCUGAUGUUGGAAAAUGUUAUAUCAGCAUUCUUAAUGCACCAUGUUCUCCUUAUCAUAUUUGUUUUUACAAUGACAACAAAACACCUUUUCAGGGUCAACUGAAACGCUGUCAUUCUAGUUAGCGUUCCAGCUGGCUUGCAUACGUGCUCACACAGCGUAAAGACUGCUUACGUGUUAGUGUGUGGAUAGCCAGAUGAAAAGAAACUGCCUUUUUUUCCAAGAGUUGUGUUUUCACAAAUUUAUACUGUCUUAAGUUGCCUUUUGUUGAAGUUAUAUUUGUUUGACUGAGGUUAUAUUGGGUUAGACUGAAAUUGGUCUAACCCAAAUGUCACAACUGUAUUAUCUUUGUAAUACUUUCACUUCUUAAUUUUAGCUAGCCAUGCCAGUUGCUAUUAUAUGUUUGUAUCUCAUAGACAUCUCAGAUGGCUGUUUAAUGUCAACAGCAUAAUUGUUCCAAGUCAUUACUAUGAUAUGUAAUGGGUGAUUAGAAGCAAUGUUCAAGAAAAUUGUGAUCAGUCUGUUACAACCUCAGGACCUUGGAAGGAGAACCUUGGAAGGAGAACCUUUCACCUUGUGUAGCAAAGGUGGGUAGAGUUCUCCCCAGAAGGCUGAGGGAAGCGGAACAUCCACAGGGAACCUGUACCCCUGUCUAGAACGUCCCCUCACGGUGGAUAACGCUAUUUAUUAACCCAAACUGAAGCAAAGGAGCAGGAGGACUGUACCUUCCGGUACUUUCUUUUAGUCAUUUCAGAAUCAAUACUCUGCUGAGAGACCCAUGGAUGUUAAAAGGGAUGUUUAAAGGAUAUGACCUUCAGAUAAAUGUAGAUAUAAAUGUAACAAUGUAUAUAUCAUACUGACAUGAAACUCGGUUUUAUCGAAUCGUGAACUGGGCUUGUCAUACGUUGUACUUUAAAUCUACAUUGGUAGCGUCUUGAUCAAUUUCAGUCUAAGUACUCCAUAUGUUAUACAAUCACAUUGUAUGUUUAAUGUAUUGGAUAAACUGCUACCAUUGAUGUGAGAAAAGCUGAUAGGGAAGUCUUUUUGGAACCCUGUUUUAAGGGAUGUAAUGAGCUCUCUGAUUAUUGGACGGCGAGAGAUUCUAUUGUUCGUAACUGAAAGAGAACACGUUUCAAAAGAAAAUGAGAUGUUACGUUUUUGUACUUUUUACCAGGUUAAUGUGCUCUUGUUCUGUAAAGAGAAUAAAAAGGUGUUUAUUCCUUUG